AUGCGGCAGGAGGUUAGGACAGCUGUCGGUGAGGAAGGACUGGAGCGGCGAGUGGGAGGACGGCACCUGCCGACCGUAGUGGCACUCCCGCCAGCCCUUGGUUGUGGCGGUGGCACGGCAGCACUGGGCGUAGAGGAAAUACAGCACGGGGCACAGACGGCAGAGUAUGUUUCUCAGUAUAUCCAAGAGAUCUGCAGGGUCAGCCGGGUAGUACAGCUGUGCGCGGUUGUUGGCGAAGUCGACGGAGUAGGGGUAGGCGGCCAGGUCGAAGCCGCGGCCAUGGCCUUGGAUACUUACGAGCAGCUUGCCGUCGAUCAGCAUUUUGACGCUGACAUCAACUGGGGAGUUAAGCAAAGCAUGAAUUUGCUCACCGUUCAUGUCGCCGUGGUUUUGCAAUUCCCCCACCUGGAGUCCGUCGUUGCCCAGGCCGUUGUCCCUGUCGUCGCCGGUGAGCUUGCAUAUCUUAUAGCUUCGCCAGUUGGUGCCGCAUUUGGCUACCAGGUUGCUAAGCGCCUCGUGCGUCAUCGGGAUCAUGCUAAGCAACACCUUGGCGUACUUGUCGGCGUCCGCCUCCCGGCACUCCGCGCCCGAGUAAGUGGAGAUGUACGCACCGCCGAACUCCCCGACGAAGGCACUGAGUCCCCUGCUCACGGAGUCCAGCGUGGGAGUGGAGGGCUUCUGGAAGCCCUGCGGCCUCAGCUGUGUGAGCGCGUCGGUGAGGUUGUGGAGCAGGCCUCGCAGCCUGUCGUCGAAGCCCUGCGUCACGCAGAGCCUAUUAAUGUUUUCGCUGCGCUCACCCUCCAUCUGCCUCAUGAAGCCCUUGAAGCCCACGAAGAGAUCCCUGUUUAUCUCGCCGGGCAGCUCCCCCAGCUCCUCGGCCACCUUGUCGGCAAAGUGUUUCAGCGCGUCCUUCGCGGACUCCACGUAGUCACGCCGCGCCUCCUUGGUGAGCUCCGCGAUUGCCUUUUCAAUCUCACUGUCUACGAAGCGUUCAAUGUUUUCUACUUUCUCCCAUUUUAUGUAAUCGGCGUUGGUGAGGAACUUGUCGCACAUGGCGAUGGCCUCCUGGAGGUCACGGAUGCGGAGGGUGUCAAUUUGUGUCUUGAUUUUUGCGAGGUCUUUGUCGAUGUUAUGAUCUUUGAAAAGCCCCAACUUCCAAUCCACACUACCGGCUUCGCUCGCAAUCUUGGCGCACAGUUCACCAAGGAAUUUGUUGAUGUCAGGGACUGUAUCCCUGUUGAGCUCUGCAAUUGCUUUUUCAAUGCCUUCAAGUCCAUUUCCUUUGCCUCUGCCAAUCUUCUCAAUCACGUCGUCCAUAUUCCUUAUCACGCCUCUUUUAUCUGCAUCUUUGCCAUCCUCACCCAGCAACUGCUUCCUCAGCCUUGUAAGCUCAUCGGUGAUUUUGUCGACGCCUUGCUUUAUUUCAGUGGGCUGUUUGUGCAACUCACUUUGUUGAGUGCUGAGGUCACUCAUAAUUUUUUGGAGACCAUUAACAUCACUACCAUUAAAAAGCUUCCAACUUGCCUGUUCACUCAGCCCAUUGGUCAUCAAAUUGGUCAGCGUCUUGAUGACGUCACUGUCCAGCGUGCUCCUCUGCGCUUUGAGUUCCGCUUUGAUUGCUGA